AUGGGACAAAUAUCGUCGAAGGAGGAUGAUUUCGAGAAACAGGACAUCUACGCUAGCUACCCCGGACUUGAGCAGCAGCUGGACAUGGUUUUUGCUUGUCAUGACAUAGGCAAUCAGGGCAAGCUUCCUUACAAGACUGUGGAAAUGAUACUCAGGCAUUUCUUAAUGCAGUGUGGCUUCAUGGAGUACGUCUGCCGAUUCGUGGACGAGAAUGGCCAGCUAGACUUAAAACACGUGGAAAGUUACAUGACGAGCAACAAGUGGCUGAGUAAGUUCAAAUGCUGUGGAGACAACAACCUUACGGUGGAAGAAAUGAAAGCCCUGGUUUUAAUGUUUUUAAAAAAAAUAUCGGACACGUAUGUAGAGGACCAAGCUAAGUGGAUGGAUAAAAUGAGAAACUCGCAGGAGGAACAAGGAAAGGCAUUGGAAGAAGCAAUGAAUGAGUACGAGAAAAACAUUCUAUUCACUCAUGCCCUGAAGGAACAACAACUUUUACAUAAUAAUAAAAAAUUAAGUGAGUGGAAUGAAACAAUAGAAAAUGCAUAUGAGGCACAGCAAGAAGUGUUGCGUCAAUUUGAGGCCAAAAAGAGGGAGGACAAAAAAAAAAUGGCAUUGGAAAAAAACAAUGAAUUGGUUAUAGCAAAGGAUUACAUUGACAAAAUAAAAGAAGCCGCAACGGAUAAUAGGUAUGCCAACUCGAAAUGUUUUGUGUACCCAGCUUCCUCGGCUCCCUGUGGUGCUUGCACAUCUGCGGGGGCCAUUGCGCCGUAUCGCCGCUUCAAAGAACCCAGGAGGAAGAAGCAAUAUUCCCUCUGCUUGUAA